CCUCGGGGUACGUUUAGGCCUACAUGAAACACACUGUGACUAAAUUACUUGUUUUCCUAAUUUAUAAUGUUCAAUGACAGCAGUAAAAUGAUGUUACGCCGAUAUUAAUUUUUUUACUAAAAGUCAUUCUUAUUCUUAGUUGCAAAUAACUAUCAACGUGUGUUUUAAUGCAGAGAAAGAAAGAGCCGCCAGUGUUAAGGCAUUCCUUCACUGAAAAAAAUAAUUUCACAUUUUAGAACUGCGCGUGCCCGUAACCCGUAACCUUGGUGGUCAGAGAUUAAUGCGAUGCCGCAGCAUGCGUCCUGGUGGCCCAUUGUCUCCGCAUCAGGCGGGGCACUCUGCUCGUCCUCUCCAAACGACCUGUUCCACUGAUUAACUGGCACUAUGGGCCUGUGGAUAAUACGGCCUGGGCUGCAACGGCAGUUAUUUAAAAACCGUAUUCCUGUGUCUUAAUCCACAGGGUAACAGCAUAAAAUCUUUAAAGUUUUUCCUCUGAAACCUACUGCAUUUAACAAGUUAUUUCUUCUGACACUUGUCCUCAAGUAAAUAAUGCAAAAAUGAUAAAUAUUUAAGAUUUCAUUAAACUUUUAUUUUCAGCAUGCAGGCUGAAACUCUCCCUGGGAUUGACAUUUAAAGUGAAUGUCACAGUGUACACUGUAAAGACUGCCGAGACUCUGAAACUGAGAUUUGCAGGGUGCGUUUCCCCCUGAGAAAAACAGGGCAGGUCUAGCCUCUUUCCUCCUUUAGCCCUGAAGACUUUAAUGUGGUCUGCCUUUCAUUAUUUCUAUUAAUAAUGUAUCUUCUUUCCUCUGUGUUACUGCCGCAGUCAGCGAGGAGUAAGCAAACAUUUCGGGCACACAAUAGAGGCUUCAGAAGAGCUGCUUUACUGUGGCGGCCCAGCUACUGAAACUGAACGAGAACUCCACAGCUGCGCCGCUCGUUCGCUAGCCCCAGCCGCUGUCUCACAUCUGGGGCUGUUUAAUCAGCUGAGGCCUCUUUAUUUAUACACACAGAGGCUCACACAACAUACGCUUAAGCCGGGAUAAAGGCCUCGCGCUGACACAAAUAGUUCCUUUUGGGAAAAGUCUAGCUGGCUCCCUGUGAAAGCUUGGUUGUUUAAAAUGAGGUUUCAAGUUUUAAAGAGAUUUGCCUGAAUUAUGCUGAAAUACAUUCUCCUCGCUGAAACUUUUACUCUUAGUAAACAUUGUUUUUGCUGUUGAUUUGGUUGUCUAUUAUAUCAAGUCUAGCAUAUGAAAAUUGUGUGGUAGCUGUGUGUGUGUGUGUGUGUGUCUGUGUGGUAAUCGUGUGCGUGCGUGUGUGUGUGUGUGUGUGUGUGUUUAUGACUCUAGUUGCAGCUGCUCUGUUUCCCCUGUGGCAUGACAGGAAGUGUGUGGCAGUCCAUGAGGGCUCACAGAAAAUAAAACGUGGACGGUAACAGGGCCCGAAGCAUGUGCUGCUCUGUGGCUUUGGCAUAUGUCCCCGCAAGCUUCUCAUAGGGCUGCAGAGGUAUGGAGAUUAAUGGCAGUGUUACACCAAGUAUAAUCUGUGAGAUGGAGCCCAUCCUGAUCUUAAGCCUGCGUGCAGACCUGUGCUUCUAGCUCUGACCUCCAUGGAGUCUUUACCUCCAGAGAUGAACACAGGAUGGUUCAGCAAAAAUCUGGCGUGAUUUUCCGUAAUAACAACAAGCGUAAAUGACGGGUGUCAUGUGUCACGCAUCCUCUGAGAUGCACGCAAAGAAACAGUGAAGCCACGCAGCUGAUUCACUCCACUUCCUGUAAAACAGAGGGUAAAAAAGAGGAAGAGCCACUUUCACUUCCUGUGAUGGCUUAAAGUCAUUCGGCGGUGCUGCUUGGCCAAGCUCUCAGAUGUGCUGAGGACGCUUAACGUGCCGCUCCGGGACGGUCUGAUGACCUCGCAGACAUGUGGCUUCUGAGGCUCUCUGUGACGCUGGGCUGAGGUCCCCGGGGCCCGUACAGCUGCUGGGGCCCCAGGGGCCUGGAGUGUAAAAACACACCCUUUAGCAAGCGACAGCUCCAGCUCCGAGUGGCCGUUUCCUGUGGACGCGUCUCAGUCUCUCUCUCGAGGUGGACAGGUGCCUCAGGUGCAGCUCCAGGUGCAGCCCCGGGCGUGGUCUCCUCUGGGGGCGGCUCUCGCAGGAAGCUGGGCAGGAGGCCGGGGUAUAUGAGGGAGCAGGAGGAGGGCAGGAGGCCCCUGGUGAACCCCGCUCAGUGCGCCCCUCUGGACUCAGGCCGCGCCUCUCACCCUCCCCCUCCCUCCUCCACUGCAUCCCAGGGGGGGCAGCACUACUGUCACAGCACCCCCUCAGUCUGCGACCCCGCCCCAUCAGACAGGCCCCUCCCCCCCAGCAGUUCUGGCCCCACCCCUUCAGACAGACCCCUCCCCCAAAACGGCUCCAGCCCCACCCUUUCGGACAGGCCCCUCCCCCACAGCAGCUCUGGUUCCGCCCCAUCACACAGGUCCCUCCCCCAAAUCAGCUCCAGCCCCACCCCAUUGCACAGGCCCCUCCCCCACAGCAGCCUCAGGUGUUCUCGGGGCGUGUCGCCCUGUGGGGCGGACUCUUUAGCGCCCUCUGCAGGGGACCAGUUCACCUCCAGCUUCAGCUUCAUACGGCUGUCUCUGACCUCUGAGCCCACAACGGACUGCACCCCACCCUCGCCCAGCACAUUAGGGUCUCCCCCAGGGGAUCUAGGGCCGGGAUCCGCCCUGCCUGAGCAGUCAGUCACCGCGGUAACGGAUAAACCUGCGGACCCGGCGGGAGGGCAGUGGGUCAGUAGGGAGGGCAGGGGUGACCCAGCGGGGACCCCCGAAUUGAAGGACCUCCUCCCAGACUCGGACUCCUGCUCCCUCUCAGUGGAUUCCUCAGACUCGGCCUCGGCCUCCUCCGUCACCUCCGGGUACGAGAGCGCCACGCCCUGCGGGGACGGCUGGGACGCCCUGCUGAAGCGGUACGAGGGGAUCCUGCAGGACUGCCUGCACAGCAACCGCAGAAACGCCCAGAUCGAGGCCAUGAUGUUGAAGCUGCAGAGGCUCCAGCAGAAGGCCGUCCUGGAAGAUGAUUAUGACACAGCGGAGCACUUUGGGCAGAAGCUGGAGGAGUUACGGCAGGAGAAGAGCGUGCUGCAGCUGGGCCUGCCCUCCAGGCACCCCGCCGUGUCCCACUUCCUGCAGCGGCUCCGGGUGGGGGUGAGCGCCGCCCUGCAGGAAAGGGCGGGAAGCCACAGCGGAGAGAGGCAGGAGUUGGCAGCAGAGGAGAGGGGGCAGGGGUCGCCCCAGGACAAGGACCUCUCCCAGGACCCCAGGAAGAGGAGAGAACACCUGCUUCAGGAGAAGAAACGUGUCCAGGAGGAGAUGCAGGCGCUGCGCCGCAGGCUGCAGGAGCUGCAGGGGCGCAGUCAGCGGCUGGAGGAGGAGCUCCUGCAGGAGGAGCAGCUGGAGGAGGGUGUGGGACCCGCCCUGCGCAGCUGCAGCCCCGCCCAGCUGCAGGAGCUCAGCCGGGUGCUGGACGACCUGGUCACCUCCGAACACCGCGCCCACAUCUGCAGCCAGCUGCCCCCCCUCCUCCUCAGACUCGUGGAGCAGGAAGCAGCACUGAAGGCCAGUAUCAAAGAGACCAGCGCUAAAGUGCUGAUGAGUCAGAGACUGGGCGGCGGCCUGCAGAGGAAGGUCAGCGCCAGCGAGACGCAGCUGCUGGCCCUGCAUGAGGCCAAACUGGCUGCCAUCUCAGGGAGUGACUUCUCCAGUGCCCGGGAGCUGAAGGUGGAGCUGAAGGCGCUGUGCGGGGAGCGGGAGCGGCUGGAGAGCCUGGCGAGGAGGCUGCAGGCGCUGAGCUCGGCGAGCAGCAGGGAGCUGGCCAGGAUGAAGAGCGAGCACGGCCUGCUGCAGCACGACCUGCAGCACCGACGCGCCCAAUACGAGAGCAUGCAGAGGGAGAAUACCUUGAAGUACAUCGAGCUGCUGGAGGACAAGCUGCACAGCUGUGGAAACUCCCUGCUGGAGCGCGUUUGGGAGGCAGAUUUGGAGGUGUGCCACCUCCUGGUCCGCGCGCCCAGCUCCUGCAGGUCUGUCGGGGUGGAGGCCCCGCCCACUCAGGACCCGCCCCCAGAGCCACACCCAAAGCAGGGGCAGGACUGCGCUAUGCUGACGGCCCUCGGGGGGCGCUGGUGCACAGAGACUGGCCUGCAGCACUCAGAGUUCACCAAGAAAUUAGAAGAGUUUCUUUUCUGCAUGGAAGACAGUCAGGACCCAUGUGACGUGGCUGCAGAGGUCACGGAGGUCACAGAACAGUGUGAGCUGAUUGGCCGCAGACUGGAGUCACUGGAGGAACAGCUGCAGACUGCCAUUUUGGACCGGGACCCUACCCUGGUGCAGUCUCUAGAGGAGGAGGUCCAGGAGGUGAAAGCCACGCUGCAGGCCAUGCAGAGACACCUGGAGGAGGAAGAGGAGGAUGACUUGGAGGAAAGGGAGGGAGAGGAAGAUGAGGACCACUACUUCAGUGACAGCUGGACAAUUUAACGCUCGGCGAACUCCCCCGCCUUUCCCCACAUCUUCCACGCCCUGCAGGAGCUGGGCCGGCGUCCCCUUCCUGUCCUGAACCCGCCGAAAACGAGUGGAGCGGGACUAUCUCUGAGCUCCUGCAGACACACCCACAGCAGCUCCUUAAAUCCACUAAACACUCCCCUGAUGGGGCUCCUCUCUGCGCUGUGGGGAUCCCCGUCUUCAGCUGUGGGAACUCCCAGAAUUCCUCUUCAGUCUUUCCGCAUGGUCACGCUCAAGCACAAGGUGCAUCCGUUACCAUCUGUCAGAAGACAGCAUCAGUGCUUUUUGGGUCCGAUUUAGAAAUACAGCAACACACCGUAGCAAACACAAAACACAGGAAACUCAUCCUUAUAACGCAGGGAAUAUUUCCACUCAACACUGGGGAAAAAAAGCACUCAACACAGGAAACGCAUCCACACAAUGCAGGAAACACGUCCACACAACAUACAUCCACACAACACAGGAAACACGUCCACAGCAAGAGAGGAAACACGUCAACACAACACAGGAAACACGUCCACAGCAAGCGAGGAAACACGUCCACACAACACAGGAAACACGUCCACAUACUGUAGCAUAGGCCUAUGGGGAAGGGUUUGACCACACUAGCCCCACCCCAGGGAGGGAGGGGCUAUGAGCGCUUGUGGAGUACUCAGAAUAAUUAGGCUUUUUGAGUUCUCGCUGAAUUACUAAUACUGAAAUAACUAUAAUAACAUUAAUGGAGGAGAUUGUUCAUCCACACACUUGACUCCAACACCCUCCAGGGACCUAACAUGUCUUUGCAUAACUAUUUUGUGUGAAACUGUUCUUUUAGGAUACAGGAUAAACAUUCCUUGCAGGGACAAUUUGUUACUUUUUGGAGCAUGUACAAUGUAGCAUUGUCUUUGUUUUUUUUGUUGUUUGUUUUUUAAAGAGAAGUUUAUAUAUGACAAUUGCAUUACAUGCAAUAUAAUAUUUUCUAUCACUUUUAUUGUUAUUUAUGUGGGAUGCUGCAGAUUUUCUUAAGCUGAUAUGACACUUUAUCCUUCCAUGACCCCCCUUGUCAUUGCUGACUGGGAUGCAGAGUGGUUACCAUGGCACCUAUUGUGGGUAUGGGAGUGGUUACAGUGAGCCCCAUUCUGGGAUGUGAUUGGUCCAUGGUCCUGGGGGUGGUCCCGCUCGGCCCUCUUGAGAGGCAUGUGCAGGUAUGUUUGUGUACCUGUCUGAAAGGGAGGUGCCACUUAGCUCAGAUUAUUCUGAUCUGCUGUUCUGUUUGACUGUACGAGUCUUGUUAAGCGUGUGAAUGUAUCCAGGCACUUUGUGUGUUUAAGGAAGGAAAACCUGCAGCCCUGCAGGUAAAACCACUCCUUUAAGGUUUGUGUGCUGCAGUAACUUUGAUACUGUAUCCUAACUGCUGUGUCUCUUUUUACUGCAUUUAUGUUUUUAAUCCUUUGCAUUUUAUUUCAUAUUUAUUCAUUUUCUGUUAUUCUUACUAAAUAUAUACCAUGCAACACUU